GUUUUACUUGUUAGUCAUUAGAUUUCUACUACAUUUGGAAGUCAAGUAAAAGUAAACGUACAGUGAGGAAGCCACUGCUCUCUUCUUCGUCGUGAUGAGAAUGCACUGAAGUCACGUCGGUUCUUCAGUACACUGAUAUACCUGUAUUGUUAGGAUUCUAAAGAAGAGGAGGGGCUUUUACUUGAUUUCGUCCAGUAAAAAUACUUUCUUUUUUUAGCAUUGAAGGAGGAGCUUCUCCAAUGCUAAACUUGGUCAGAACAAGAAGUCAACCAAGGUCUAAUAGAUCUAUGCCUUUAGGAGGCAUGGAUUAUGCAGAUCCAAAGAAGAAGAACAAUUUUGUGGGUAAAAUUCUUAUGGCUGCUAUGUUGACUGCACUAUGCAUUCUUAUGCUCAAACAGUCCCCAAGUUUUAAUACCCCAAGCGUAUUCUCUCGUCAUGAACCAGGUGUCACUCAUGUCUUAGUCACUGGAGGUGCUGGCUAUAUUGGUUCCCAUGCAGCAUUACGUCUUCUAAAAGACUCUUACCGUGUGACCAUAGUGGACAACCUUUCACGAGGAAACUUAGCUGCUGUUAGGAUUCUGCAAGAAUUAUUUCCUGGGCCUGGCAGGCUUCAGUUCAUAUAUGCUGACUUGGGGGAUGCAAAAACGGUGCACAAGAUCUUCUCCCAAAACGCAUUUGAUGCGGUCAUGCAUUUUGCAGCUGUAGCAUAUGUUGGCGAGAGCACCCUUGACCCUCUCAAGUAUUAUCACAACAUCACAUCAAAUACCCUCACUGUAUUGGAAGCAAUGGCAACUCGUGGAGUCCCAACUUUUAUUUACUCCAGUACAUGUGCAACAUAUGGAGAGCCUGAAAAGAUGCCGAUUACGGAAGAAACUCCACAGCUGCCUAUUAAUCCAUAUGGAAAAGCAAAGAAAAUGGCGGAGGAUAUCAUUCUAGAUUUUCAUAAGAACUCAAACAUGGCUGUCAUGAUUUUGAGAUACUUUAAUGUCAUUGGUUCUGAUCCAAAUGGAAGAUUAGGAGAAGCUCCGCAACCUGAACUACGGGAACAUGGCAGGAUAUCUGGUGCUUGUUUUGAUGCUGCUCGUGGAAUCAUACCUGGGCUUAAGGUUAGAGGAACGGACUAUAAAACAGCAGACGGUACGUGCAUAAGGGACUAUAUAGACGUGUCCGAUCUGGUUGAUGCUCAUGUGAAAGCUCUUGAGAAGGCAAGUCCAGGGAAAGUUGGGAUCUACAACGUUGGAACUGGAAGAGGUAGAUCAGUGAAAGAAUUCGUGGAGGCUUGUAAGGCUGCAACUGGCGUACCUAUCAAAGUUGACUUCCUUCCCCGUAGGCCUGGUGAUUACGCAGAAGUUUACAGCGAUCCAACUAAGAUUAGGAAUGAACUGAACUGGACAGCCAAAUACACUGAUCUUCAAGAGAGUUUGCAGGUUGCGUGGAGAUGGCAGAAGUCACAUCUUAAUGGUUAUGGUUCAUCCGUGGCAACAUCUUGAUGAUGCUUUAUCAACUUAUCGUUGUGGAAGACUGACUUGAACCCCCUGUUGCAGCUUAACGUAUCAUCGAUCUAUUAGUUAUAGUAUCCAUGGAGUAUAGUUUUCAAGGACCGGGGGCGGGGGCGUGGGGGGGAUGAUGUGUAUUCUUACAAAGUAAUUAGGUAAGCCCUAUUUACCCAUUUGUUAUGUGUAUGUAGUGAAGGGAUAUUUCAGAAUCAAUAAUAGUUCCCAUUCAGGUAUAGCUUCCAUCUUUUCUUUCUUUUUUUCUCGUAGUGUAUUAAAAGAACGCUAAGGGUCGCAGGAGACCUGUUCCUAUAGCUUCUCUUCUGGAGCUUUUUCUUGGACAUUCCAUUAUUUUAUUCUUUGACUUUAGGCGUAAUCGAUUAAUUGAUUAUUUGUUGUAUGUAA